AUGAUGAAGAAAUUCGCUCGCGCCUACUCUUCGGCGUCAGCCACUCUUGGCUCAAACCCUGUCCCUCCCUCGAAGAUUCAAUACAUUCCCACUUCAGGAAAAUACCCCAAAGGCUUUAUCGCUUCAGGCGUUUUGGCUGGUGUCAAACCUGGCAAUACCAGCAAGCCCGACAUCGCCCUUGUUACUUCUGACCGUCCCUGCGCCGCUGCUGGUGUCUUUACAAAGAACAAGUUUCAGGCUGCUCCCGUGACUUAUAGCAGGAAACUUUUGCAGCAGAAGAAGAACGCGGGUCUUCGAAGUGUGGUUGUCAAUUCGGGUAAUGCAAAUGCUGUCACCGGCACCGGAGGUCUUGAAGAUGCUACCAGUAUGGCCCGCACGACAGAUCAGAGGGUUGGUGAUGAGGACUCUACUAUUGUUAUGAGUACUGGGGUCAUUGGUCAGAGGCUGCCUAUUCAGAAGAUUCUCGACAAGAUCCCUACAGCUGUUAGCAAGGCUGGUGGUUCUCAUGAGAGCUGGCUUGAAUGUGCAAAGGCUAUCUGUACCACAGAUACUUUCCCUAAGCUCAUGUCUCGAUCCUUUGAGCUUCCUUCUUCUCCUGGUGUUGAGUAUCGCAUUGCUGGUAUGACAAAGGGUGCAGGCAUGAUUGCCCCCAAUAUGGCGACUCUUCUCACCAUCCUGGCCACUGAUGCUCCUAUCUCUCCCGCUGUCAUGCCCAAUGUUCUUCGACAUGCCGUGGACCGUUCAUUCAACUCCAUCACCAUUGACGGUGACACUUCUACCAACGAUACUGUUGCUCUUCUUGCUAACGGUGCCGCUGGCGGAAAGGAGGUUACUUCUGAGCAGUCUCUCGACUACCAAGCCUUCCAAGAGCUCCUUACUGAGUUCUCUGUUGACUUGGCCAAGUAUGUCGUCCGAGACGGUGAGGGUGCCACAAAAUUUGUUACCAUCCGCGUCGUCGACAGUGCCUCUGAGGAGGCAGCCCGUGAGAUUGGUCGAUCCAUCGCCAAAUCUCCCCUCGUUAAGACUGCCCUCUACGGAAAAGAUGCCAACUGGGGCCGUGUCCUUUGCGCCACCGGUUAUGCUCUCAUUUCUCCCCCUGGUCAACCCGUGAAUGACGUCCCUGAGAUUACUCCCGAACGCACCAAUGUCUCCUUCGUCCCUACCGAUGGCUCAGCUGAGCUGAAGCUCCUCGUGGAUGGCGAGCCCGAGCAGGUCGACGAGAAGCGAGCGUCGGAGAUCUUGGCCAUGGAAGAUCUUGAGAUCGUUGUCAGGUUAGGCACAGGCGACAAGUCUGCUGUGCACUAUACCUGUGACUUCAGCCAUGAUUAUGUCACUAUCAAUGGCGACUAUCGAACUUGA